AUGGUAUCCAAAUCGAGCAGUAGAUCCCCAACUAACACCCUUAUUCUUACGAAUGUACCUGAGGAAGUCCUCAAGGAUCCCAGCUUAUUGGUAAAUUUCUUGUCACAUAAAAAGCACUUGAUAGAGCUAGUUGCUUUAGAGAGACUACAAAGAAUAAUAAUAAUCUGUGAAACGAGUAUAACUGCCACAGAAAUAGCGGAGUAUAUUGCACAGUCUCCACAGUGGCAUAAUAUCAGAAUUUCAUACAGUUUGAAAGGUAACCAAUACACAAGAUUGAAUAGAGAAGUAUGGGAUAAGGACUUACAACAAGAAAAAGACUAUCUUGAGCUACCAGCAGAGAUUGCAUCCAAGCGUUUCCUUAUAUCACCUCCCCUUUCUCCUCCAGCUGAAUGGGAUCUCUGGGAUAAAGUAGAAGAAGGGCCAAAUCAGCAGACUAUUCAUUCGCCCGAAGAUAUUUCCCAUUUAUUGUGGGAAAGGUUUGGGGGUUUUGAGAGCUCGGACGUCAAGAAAGUCUAUCCAGGAUCUUCGGACCAAGAAGAAAGUAAAGCAGACUCUCCAGCAAAGUACGAGCCAGCAGUUCUAUUUAAAGAUAUAGAUAACGGGGUGCCAGCGAUUGUCCUUGAUUCUGCUCAAAAUGAGUCACCAGAAAUUGCAAAAAAUCAGCCUAGUAGGACCUUAGGUAAGACCUCUAUGCCACCCGCAGAUUCAGAGCAAUCUUGA